AUGGCUAGAGUUCCAGGCGGACUGUGGAAGAGACUUGUUGCGGUGCAGGUCUAUGGGGCUAACACGGGAGUUGGGAAGACGGUGUUUUCGACGUUGCUUGGUGCGCAUUUUGCGAGGAGAGCGGGUAGGACGAGGUGGAGGGUGCAGUAUAUUAAGCCUGUUUCUACGGGGCCGGCGGAUGAAGCUGAUGAUAGUUAUGUGCAAAAGUACAGCGGAAGAAGUGUUUCAACGCUGUUCAAGUUCAAUGAGGCUGUUAGUCCACAUGUGGCGGCAAGAGGUGCAGACUUGAUUCCUAGCGAUGAGCUCAUCGGCCAGACUGUCUUCAGAACUAUCCAGCAGGAAGCGAAAGAAGUCUCUGGGGAGGCACAUGCAAUGGGCCUUGCUGUGAUUGAAACCGCUGGGGGUGUGCUCAGCCCGGGACCUUCAGGUACUCCGCAAGCUGACAUCUUCCGUCCGUUACGACUCCCCUCGGUACUAGUCGGCGACCACCGCCUAGGCGGUAUUGCAUCGACAAUAUCUGCUGCAGAGUCUCUGGUAUUAAGAGGCUAUGACAUUGAUGCCGUCGUGUGUUUCAACGAUCAGAGUAAGUAUGAGAAUGCCGAGUACCUACAAGAGUACUUCAAGAACUUGGGCAUUGCGGCCUUCACCUUGCCAUGGAUUCCGAAUAUGCAGGGUAUAGGGGCGGGCACAAAGGAGGAGACGGAUUUGAUGCAGGGCUACUACAGCUCCCAGAGUGGCGAGGAGCCCAUUGACCAAGUUGCUACGAGGCUGCUCAGUCGCCACAGCGAACGACUCGAAAAUCUAAGUACUAUGGCCUCGCGGACUAAUGAAGCCAUCUGGCAUCCCUUUACACAACACAAGCACUUGAAAAGUGCCGACGAUAUAUUAGUCUUUGACUCUGCAUACGGCGAUUACUUCCAAGUCAAGCAGACUGGUGAAACGUCAGCAGCCCACGAGGACCGUUCGGCGCUGUAUCCGGCAUUUGAUGGCUCCGCCUCAUGGUGGACUCAGGGGCUCGGCCAUGGAAAUCCCCGCCUUGCUCUAGAAGUAGCACAUGCCGCAGGAAGAUAUGGUCAUGUCAUGUUUGCCGGAGCCACCCACAAGCCCGCUCUCGAGCUGGCAGAAAAGAUGCUAAAAGACUCCCAAAAUCCGCGCCUUAAAAAGGUGUUUUACACUGACAAUGGGAGUACGGCGACUGAAGUCGGUAUCAAAAUGGCACUUCGGGCGGCUAGCAAGUACUACGAGUGGGACAGCACUAAAGAGAAUAUUGGCGUCAUCGGCCUCAAAGGGAGCUACCACGGCGACACGAUUGGCGCCAUGGACGCAUCCGAGCCGUGUGUCUUCAACGAAAAAGUAGACUGGUACCGCGGCAGAGGCUUCUGGUUCGAUUUCCCUACUUUCAAACUCAAGAACGGCCAGUGGAUUGUCGAGCCCCCCGAGAAUCUGGAGACCGAAUUCGGACCUACGCAGUGUUUUGAAACACAAGAUGCCAUUUUCGAUUUGGCCGCGAGAGGCCGGUCUGACUGCUAUGAAGCUUAUAUCGAGAAGACGUUGGAUGAGCUGGUGAGGAAGCAGGAGAGAAAGUUUGGGGCGUUGGUUAUGGAGCCUGUUGUUUUGGGAGCGGGAGGUAUGCUGUUUGUUGAUCCGCUCUUCCAACAAACUCUUGUCCGUGUCGUGCGCUGUUACGACUUUAGCAACGGGUCCCGAGUUCACCAAGUUCCAGAUGAGAGCGAUGUCACUUGGUCAGGACUACCCGUUAUGUUCGAUGAGGUAUUCACUGGUUUGUAUCGUCUAGGUCGCUUUUCAGCCGCCUCGUUUCUCCAGACGCAUCCCGAUAUCAGCGUCAACGCGAAGUUGCUUACCGGUGGUCUUCUUCCUCUCUCUGUUACGUUGGCUAGUCAGUCUAUUUUUGACGCUUUUUGGGGCGACGAAAAGGCAGAGGCUUUAUUGCAUGGACAUAGCUACACUGCACAUGCGGUUGGAUGUCAUGUCGCUAAUACUAGUCUGCAAACAAUGCAGGACGCGAGCGUUGGCGAAGAGUGGAAGCAGUACAAGGAGCAAUGGAGCAGUUCUAGCAACGACACCACCGCUUCCUGGAGCAUGUGGUCCAAGGACUUUGUUGAGGAUCUAUCUCGACACGAGCAAGUUGGUCAUGUGAGUGCGCUGGGCUCCGUUCUUGCCGUGUCGCUCGUCGAUAGACACGGGUCAGGAUACACUUCUUCUGCUGCGGUGGGACUUCGCGACGAGCUCCUACGGGGUAGCCCUGAAGCGCCCCAAGUCCAGAUUCAUUCGCGUAUCUUGGGUAACGUCAUCUACCUCAUGGCCGGUAUGCUGACCACAAGACGGCAUUUGGAAGAUGUUGAGAAGACUUUUAUAGAAAAGUUGCGUGUAAGUAGACGGUAG